AAAGGCACCGCCCAAGUCCGCCACAGAGAGCUGCCUUUACCAGAGACUCUUAACCGUCGGUGUAGAGGAGAACAGUUAUCAAAAUGCGUGAGUGUAUUUCAAUGCAUGUCGGCCAGGCCGGAGUCCAGAUGGGCAAUGCAUGCUGGGAAUUGUAUUGCCUGGAGCACGGGAUCCAGCCUGACGGUCAGAUGCCCAGUGGCAAAACGCUUGGAGGAGGAGACGAUUCUUUCAACACAUUUUUCAGUGAGACAGGAGCCGGGAAACAUGUGCCCAGAGCCGUGUUUGUCGACCUGGAGCCAACCGUCAUAGAUGAGGUGCGCAGUGGGACGUACCGACAGCUAUUCCACCCUGAACAGCUGAUCUCUGGGAAAGAGGACGCUGCCAAUAACUACGCCCGCGGGCACUACACAGUCGGCAAAGAGAUUAUUGAUGUCGUUCUUGACAGAACUCGCAAACUCGCUGACCAGUGCACAGGGCUGCAGGGCUUCCUGAUCUUCCACUCAUUUGGAGGAGGCACCGGUUCUGGCUUCACGUCUCUGCUGAUGGAGCGUCUCUCAGUCGACUACGGCAAAAAGUCCAAACUGGAGUUUGCGGUUUAUCCAGCUCCACAGGUGUCCACUGCUGUGGUGGAGCCCUACAACUCCAUCCUGACCACCCACACCACUCUGGAGCACUCCGACUGCGCCUUCAUGGUGGACAACGAGGCCAUCUACGACAUCUGCCGCAGAAACCUGGACAUCGAGCGUCCCACUUACACCAACCUCAACAGGUUGAUCGGGCAGAUCGUGUCCUCCAUCACUGCCUCUCUGCGCUUCGAUGGAGCUCUGAACGUCGAUCUGACAGAGUUUCAGACCAACUUGGUGCCCUACCCUCGCAUCCACUUCCCUCUAGCCACCUACGCUCCAGUCAUCUCUGCAGAGAAGGCCUACCACGAGCAGCUGACUGUCGCUGACAUCACAAACGCAUGCUUUGAACCAGCCAAUCAGAUGGUCAAGUGUGAUCCCCGUCAUGGUAAAUAUAUGGCCUGCUGUCUUUUGUAUCGUGGAGAUGUUGUUCCCAAAGAUGUCAACUCUGCCAUUGCCACCAUCAAAACCAAACGCUCCAUCCAGUUCGUGGACUGGUGCCCCACAGGCUUCAAGGUUGGCAUCAACUACCAGCCGCCCACAGUGGUGCCAGGAGGAGACCUGGCCAAAGUGCAGCGUGCGGUCUGCAUGUUGAGCAACACCACAGCCAUCGCUGAGGCCUGGGCUCGACUGGACCACAAGUUUGACCUGAUGUACGCCAAGAGGGCCUUCGUGCACUGGUACGUGGGUGAGGGCAUGGAGGAGGGAGAGUUCUCCGAGGCCAGAGAGGACAUGGCUGCUCUGGAGAAGGAUUAUGAAGAGGUGGGUUUGGAUAGCGUCGAUGGAGAGGAGGAGGGUGAAGAAUAUUAAAACAUGUUUGUCUGCAAAUAAAGCUCAACUGUUCGUUUUAAUGAGCAUGUUCCUAAGCAGUGUCCAGUUUUUUUACCAAACUGAAGAAGAGGGAGAAGAAUAUUGAAACACGUUUGUCUGCAAAUAAAGCUCAACUGUUCGUUUUAAUGAGCAUGUUCCUAAGCAGUGUCCAGUUUUUUUUUACCAAACUGAUUAAACAAGUUCAAACGAA